AUUUUAAUGUUUUUCAAUUUUUUUGUGUUAAACAAUACAGAAUAUUUUACAAAUGUGUGAUUAUUGUGUAAAUACAAUAAUGACAAAUAAUAUCAAAAAUAUGAAGAACAAAAAGUUGAAAUUAGUGAAGCCAAUAAUGGCACUGGCGAUUUUAGUGUUAUAUAAAAGUUAUACAAAAAGUUAAAAGUUAUAAAAAAUAAAAUUAAAAAGUUAAUGACUUGUAACCUUGUUAUUUUCGAACAAGUUAAUCUUUAAUUUUACAAAAAGAUGUAAUUAGAUGUUAAAUUUAAAUUUAUGAAAAUUGAAUAAGCACAAUGAUCUAUCUUUAUUAUCAAUCACAAUAAUAAACUAACCAAUAAGUUAAAUUAUGAGGAUGUCUAACAAUCACUAAAUGAAUUUUUAACAAGUGUUAUUAACCAUUAUUAAAAAACUUAUAGUAAAUUGUAAAAUAAGAGUCCAAUAGUUUGGCAUCACUAACUUGUUAAUUAACUUUCUUUUAAUAAUUUAACAUUUUUGUCUCUUUAAAAACUAAUAUGUAAUAAUAAUGAUUUCAAUUUGUUUUUUUACUUAACCUUCAAUUCAAUUAAAAGUUAUUUAAGCCCCAAGUUUUAACUAACAAUAAGUUUAAUUUUAUAGUCGUUAACUUUUUGAUUUAAGUUAAGAAGAAAAACUAACUUACCCAAUCUUGGGGAAUAUAGAGAUUUUAUAUGUCAAAAGUGACGCGUUUGUAGCAUCAGGUUGCGAUCGGAGCUUAGGGCAGAUCGAAGCGAGUUCAGUCACGGUCAGAAGGAAACGCGUUCGCGCGAUGUGGAACGACGGUGACGACAACGCGGCCCGAGUGCUGGACGCGGAGCAGUGGCGGCUGGAGGCCCAGGCGGUGAUCGAUGACGUGAGGAAGCAUGUGCAGGACCUAAGGGUGUCCGAGCAGCUGGUCAGUACGAACCAGGUCAUCUACUUAAACUUGAUCACGUUGGAGGGUCUGCGGUUCUGCGUAGAAUUGUCAGUCGCCGGUUUCGCUAUCGUCGGCAAUCAGCACGACGACACGUCGAACACGGGUAACGCCGACCGCUUCGAGACGCCCUACGGUCUGUUGGACUUCAUCAGUCCGCAGUACAGGAAUUCCUUUGGGAACGCGCUGCUAGACAAGCUGAAGGAGCUGAGCGACAAACGAUGAAUCCCGUGCGAGAGGACGGAAAGAGAACAGUUUCUCUCAGUGUGACUUUUGUUAAAAGUUAGGUUAAGUGUUUUGGUUAAAAGUUAGGUUAGGGUUAAGUAAACCGCUUAUAAGCGUCCAUUAUCAUAAUCAAUAUUGUGUAAUUAGAAACAAAAUGUUUAUUUUGUAGUUUGUAACCAGUUUUGAUAAUUAAUCGACGCGAAAAUUGGAUUUGAUAUCAAACAUCUGUAGGUGUAGCGUCAAUGCGUUUAGGAACGCACUUGAAUCCUCUAGUCGCGUUUAUAAUAAAGUAUUUAUUUAUAUGAAAGAAAAACAUUUUAUGAAGAGCAAGUUGUCUCAUAAAAAAUGAAUCGUCAAUUUAACUCUCUGUUUUCGGUUUUUUAGUAUAAACAAAAUUUUUUGUUUAAAUUUUAAUUUUUAUUGAUUAAAAUUUUUAAUAUUUAAAAACUAUUUAGUAAUAGAAAUGUAUCUAAAAGUAUUUCUGAAUUUUUCCAGAUUUUUUUAAAAACAUAGAAUAAAAACUGGGUAUUAAAAAUUGGCUGCAGCCGGACCUAGACAGCACAAAAUAUUUAUAAAAUAUUUAUAAGAAAGAUGGAAAUAUUUUAAAUAUGUGUGCACAAGUAUUUUAUACACAAAUUCUGUUUAGAAAAUAUAGAUGUAAAAAAAAUUA